AUGAUUUCAUUUAUUGCAUUGCUUCAUGCUUUAUUCGGUGCUUGGAGAUUUGUAGCUUUCAAGUUUUCAACUCUUCAACGUCAUUGGAAUUCCCAAAUGACUUUCAACAUCUUUGAAGUAUUUAAUCAACUAGUUUCAAAUAAUGUUAGCAUUUCACUUAAACUUUGUGUGCUUUUAUAUUUGUUCUUGAUUCAACAAAUUUAUUCUCAAUGUGGACAGCAAAAGAUUUUAGUGAGCAGAAUCUUUGGUGGAGAUUCGACACAACCAGGAGAAUAUCCAUGGCUUGUGGCUUUUUAUGAGCGACGUUCUAACACAUUUUUUUGUGCUGGAAGUUUGAUAAGUCAGAAACAUAUUUUAUCGGCGGCUCAUUGCUUUCAAAACAAAAGAGAAAUCAACAAACUGCCACCAGAAUUUGUUGAAGCUCAUCUUGGAAAAUUUAAUUUAAGUGUUCAAAAUGAAUCAAAUUCCAAGAAAUAUUUAAUUUGGGAAUUGAUUUUUAACUUCAAAUAUUUAAUUUGGGAAUUGAUUUUACAUCCUGAUUGGGAUUUUAAUCAUGAGAAAUUUGAUGCUGAUCUGUCAAUCGCCGUGACUAAGCAAUCAAUACAAUUUAGCAAUUACAUCCGCCCAGUGUGCUUGCCGUCUUUAAGUUAUGAUGAAAUUAAUGGAAUUGGAAGUGUCGUUGGGUGGGGAAAAAGUUCUGAGUAUGAAUUACACGCGAUAGUUCCUUCAAAAUUAAAUCUUCCUGCAAUUAACGCUUCACAUUGUUACACGAAAUUCCCUGAGUUGGCAGCGUUCUCUUCAAAUCGGGCAUUUUGUGGUGGUUUUGAAAAUGAAGGGAGAAGUCCAUGUUUAGGUGACAGUGGCGGUGGAUUUUACUUCGAUGUGAAUGACAUUUGGAUCAUUCGUGGAGUUAUUUCAGCAUCUUCAUUUGAUUCGAUAACAGGUUGUGAUAUUAAUAAGUUCUCAAUUUAUACAAACAUUCCUCGAUUUGUUGAUUGGAUAACCACAACUAUGAGUGACACGAAAGAAAUUAAAUGGAUUGAUUGGAUGUUCACGUGUGAAAAUAAAUUUGCUACGGAUAUUCCAAAUGAUGUCAUCUGUGAACCAGUGAAUUGUCAAGAGGCAACAGUUCGUAGUGUUAAAAUGAGAAUUGAAGAACUAUUUGACAAAAGCAUCAUCACGAAUCUUACAAUUUUGACGGGAAGAACAUCGUCUUACAUUCCUACCAACAUUGGCAAACUCUUUCAUAAAUUAAAAACACUAAAAAUUGAACUUGGAGAUGAUAUCAAAAUAUUGGAAAGAGAAACUUUUAAAGAUUUGGAAAAUUUAGAGAACUUGGACAUUCGAAUGUCAUCUGUUAAUAAUAUUUUCAUUGCAGAUGAUCUUCUCCACGAUUUACAUAAUCUCAAAGAAUUAACAAUGGCCACUAAACUUUAUUUAAUUCCUAUGAAUUUUCUGAAACAAGCGAGAAACUUACGGACAUUGAAGUUUUAUCCAAAGUUACAAUGGGAACAUGAACAUAUUCCUGCUGUCAACUUUUUUUCAAACAUCAGUUCUAUUGAAGAAUUCAAUUUGAAAAAACUUCAAUUCCGUGCUGUAGAUGUUGAUUGGUCGGAAAAUUCGUUGCAAGAUUUAAGAAAUUCAAGAGAAUUUUCAUACCAGUCAUACCGGGGUGGGAACAUGACAAAGCUUUUCAAAAAAUUUUUCAAAAACAAUUUAAAUUUGGAAGAUAUUCGAUUUCGGAGAACUCCCUUUGAAGAAAUUGACUUGGAUUUCACAACACUUCCGAAACUUAAAAGAAUUGAUUUAGAAUAUUGUGGUUGCGUAUCCGAUUACACAAAUUACAUUAAAGACGAAACAUCAAUGACGAUACAAGAAUUUCAAGAUCACAUUGAUGAAAGCUGUAAGAAGUGA